GUGAACUAUUCAGGUUGGUCGACAUUUUGUUAGCCUUUCAUAGCAAGUUAGCAAAAUAAACUGUCGUAUUUGGCGUGUCUGACAAAUAAACGCAUUUGUCACUUGCGUCACCCACAUUGCAGUUAUGUGGUAUGAAAUUCUUCCCGGUCUCGGAGUCAUGACUGUUUGUCUCAUCCUUCCUGGGGUUUUCACUGCACAGAUCCACAAACUCACCAACGGGGGGAAGGAAAAGAGAAUCGCCCGGGUUCCAUAUCAGUGGUAUCUGAUGGAGAGAGACAGACGUGUGUCAGGAGUGGAUUUGUAUUACAAAUCGAAGGGACUUGAGAAUAUCCACUGAUCCCAGAUCUCACCUAUGGAAUGGAUUUCUGUCAAGAAUUCGUUGUACAUUAAAAGUUAUGUAUUGUCUGAAUUAA